AUGAAAGUAAAAAAAUCUUUCUUAUUUUUAUUCUUCACAGUAUCUGUGGUAUCUUCAAAUCACGAGAAAUGUUUCAACAUUUGUCCAGAUAUAAUAUCUUUCGACCCUAUUACACCUAUUCAGCAAAUUGCUAUAGACAAUCUUAGACGUAAUGGACCUAGCGAUGGAGUUUGUAUUAGUGGGGACAAGUGGAUAAUUGAUGGAACUCAAUUUGAUCUUCCUUCAAAGUGUGUUUGUUUAGAUAUUCCACAAGGAGAAAAUAUAUCACCUGAAAAUGGCCCAAAAUGUCCUGACCAUUUAAAAGCAUCCAUUGAAGAAACAAUCGAGGAAAACUCUAUAAGGAAUUAUGAGCUUAUUGGUGGAAUAGCACCUGAAGACGGUUGGUGCCCUGAAGGGAAAAUUAAGUGGAUCAUGAUGAAGUCUCAAGUGAACAUUCCAAGAGAUAUUUGCGUCUGUAUCGAUGGCUACGAAUGGUUUUCUCCAGAAAUCGAAUGUAUUGAAUCAGAUUAA